CGAGCCUGUGGCUCUGUCACUCUUUCAAAAUCACUCUGAAUCCAUCCUGACAGAGCGCUUCAUAUGGCGCCAGCUGCACCAAAUGUCCAGCAGCUGAUUGUGAGAAAAGAAGAGUUUCUCCAUAGGCAGCAGAAGAGGAGCUCCAGUCUGAACCAGGAGGAGUCACCAGAACCAGCACACAUUUGUAAAAGAAAGUGUCAAACAAAACAGCAUGUCAGAGUCCACACAGGGGAGAAACCGUUUGGUUGUUCAGUUUGUGGUAAAAGAUUUUUUCAAUCAGGAUUUCUAAAGAGACACCUGAGUGUCCACACAGGUGAGAAACCAUUUAGCUGUUCAGUUUGUGGUAAAAGAUUUUCACUACAAGGAAAUCAAAAGACCCACUCGAUUGUUCACACAGGGGAGAAACCAUUUAGCUGUUCAGUUUGUGGUCAAAGAUUUUCACAACAAGGCUAUCUAAAGACCCACUCUAGUGUCCACACAGGGGAGAAACCAUUUAGCUGUUCAGUUUGUGGUCAAAGAUUUUCACAACAAGGCUAUCUAAAGACCCACUCUAGUGUCCACACAGGGGAGAAACCAUUUAGCUGUUCAGUUUGUGGUAAAAGUUUUUCUCAACAAGGAAUUCUAAAGAGACACUUGAGUGUCCACGCAGAAGAGAAACCAUUUAGCUGUUCAGUUUGUGGUAAAGGAUUUUCACAACAAGGCCAUCUAACGACCCACUCGAGAAUCCAUACAGGGGAGAAACCAUUUAGCUGUUCAGUUUGCGGUAAAAGAUUUUGCCAACAAGGACUUCUAAAGAGACCCUUGAGUGUCCACACAGGGGAGAAAUAAUUCCGUGGUUCCUUUUUGUUAAAAUGUUUGUGAUCAAAGGGUCACAAAUCCAGUGCAUUUCAAAAAUCACAAGUGUGUUGCCAUGAGCAGUGGAAAUCCAGAAUAAGAUGUUUGUCAUUUCAUCUUUCUAAGGCCGGCCACACCAGAUGAUUUUUUAAUCUGAAACGAUUUUAAAACCGUCGGAGACCACAGACUUCAGGACAAUUUCCAAAGAUUUUUUAUCUUUAAUCCUCUG